AUGUCCGGAACACUAGACCUCUACAUAACCAUCUACGAGGAAGAAAACCGCCCCUCCCACUGGGCCCUUUUCUUCGACGACGGCUCUCUAAAUGACAAAACCCUCCUAAGCGUCAAAUACGACCACCGCUCGCAUCUCAAAUUCCACACCGAAACCCGAAACCCGCGAAUCUUAUAUAACCAAGACGAACUCAUCCUAGUGGGCACCUUCAACGCCACUGAUAUCAGCAAAGUCAAUGCUAUUGCACGGGGCAUCAGACCCGAGGAUCUUCACAUCGAUCGGCUUAAUUGUAUUAGAUAUGUGAGAGAUGUUUUGGAUACGUUGGAGGUGAAUAGAAUUGUGGGGAAUGAAGUGGUGUAUUGGAUACAGAAGUCUUUUAUUAGGGCGAGGAUGGAGAAGGGAGAGGUUGAUUAUGAGGUUGAGUGUUUGGUGAGGAAGAGGAGGAGGGAUACCCCUGUUGUUAUUACGUAUGGGGAUCGGGGGUAG